AUGAGGGCAGUGUGUUUUGUCAAGCGGCUGCAGUGGGAUGUGCCUGGUACUUUGCUUAGACAUGGCUUGAUAAUUGGGGACGUAAAUAAUGAUGGGGAUAAUGAGUUGGUAGUUGGAACAGCAGAAGGAGAUUUGUACAUAUUUAAGGGCAUGGAGCUUUGGCAAAAGAUAAGUGGUCUAGGCUUGAUAACAUGUGUUACAAUUGGUGAUGUAUUCAAUUAUGGUAGAAAUGCUCUAAUUGUCGUGUCAGGAGAUGGUUGGGUGUAUAUUUAUUAUAGUCCUUGUUUAGUCCAUCCAAGCCUACAAACAUUGCAAUCUGAGACUGGUAAUGACAACUGCGACAUUUCAGAUCCAAUUCGGAAGCUCAAGGGUGGUAAUGCCAGUGUAACAAACAGUCAGGCAGAUUUAAAUAUUUUGAAUUAUAAAGCAAGUCAAAGUAAGCCAGAUAAUUCCUUAGGCAAGAUGGAGUGUGUUCAUACUCAAAGAAUACCGACAAAUACCAAAGUAGUGUUAAUUGCGGAUGUGGAUAAAGAUGGUGCAAAUGAAUUGAUAAUAGGCCUUACUGAUAGAGUGGUAAGAUCAUACAGAUGGUCUAGUAAUGCAGAUUUAGGUACAGGAAAGCUAGUGGGGCUAAAUAAGUGGGAGUGUGCAAAUCAAAUAGGAACUGUUACGUUGCAAGAUGAUGCUGACGGCACACCAACAUUAUUGGUUGCACAGCCAGGUGGUACUUUUAUGAGAAUAAAGUGUAACGUUGAUGAUUGCCAAGCAGAAGAUGACUGUUUCGACAAUAACAGCGAAGUUGCGGCCAGCUGCGUAGAUUAUCAGACCUUAGGUAUCUCUAGAAUGCGAAAUCCAAAUAUUUCAACAGAAAUAUUAGGAAAUCUAACACCAAAGCUAACAUACUUUCCGCUAAAAAAUAGUAUCAGAUUUGUAAAAGCUAAUGACAAUGUAUACAGAUCGCCAUUUUCGAAUGACUUUCAAGAUAAAUACGCAACGAUGAAUGUAACAAAUAGAAAAAAUGAUCAGCCUGAUACUGAUCAAGUUGAUGGUAAUUUACUUGGAAGGAAUACAGUUUAUAGGGAAUACGAGACCGACAAAACCGACAGACUCGAGUUUCAUUCGUCUUAUGGAUCAUUAGCCGUUAGAGCUGACAUUGUUGCUAAAUUGGAUCGUUUGACACUAGAAAACCAAGAAAAAAUGAAUGAUUCAGAAUUGAAGGUCAAAGAUAACAAUAAAUCUUGGUCGAGUGGCAAAUCGUACGCUUUGGCCACUCUCGAUGGUACCAUAAUGCUAGUCAAGGAUGAAAUUAUCUUGUGGGCGAUGCAGGUGGACCACCACAUAUCGGGUCUGUGCGCCCUUGAUGUGACUGGCGACGAAGCCGACGAGAUCAUCGUCUGCACCUGGGACGGGCAGACUUACAUUCUCGACCAACAGAGAAACAGCGUGAGAUUUCAAUUUGAGGAGCCGGUGCGGGCCUUCUGCGCCGGUAUGUACAGCAUCACGCCGGGAGACAGCUCGCCGUCUCUCGUUUAUAACAACUUUGCCAACAAGAUCUUCCUGUAUUACGAGGUGCGUCUCCCGAGCCUCGUGGUGACGGCACUCAAUCCCGAGGAAUGGCUGCACGAGGCUGAACAACGCUUGCUCGAUGGUACUUUGAAGGAGAGCAGCGACGAGCGAGAGCUCCGGCUGAAACGGCUCACAGACUGGCUUUUGUACGGUUUUUGUACCUGACCUCGCACGACAAUAAAACUUUUU